GGGAAGAGCUGAUUUUAUCUGGACAGGCAGCUCUAUAAAUGUCAUGAGACCAAGGUGAAAUUCAUUUCUUCUUCUUUCUGAUCUUCCUGAGCAGCUUCAUGGAGCCAGUGUGCCAGCCAAUCGCAAUCCACUGCCUAGCGCAGGGAACACUGGAAUCAGCCAUGAACAUGCUGGUUGAUGUGUUCCAGAGCCACGCUCUCCAAGACGGUGACAAGUUUCACCUGAACCGAUGGGAGAUGAAGGAUCUGUUCCAAAGAGAGCUCCGUCAGCUCUUGGAGUCAAGCAAGAAUAUUCAAAAGUCAUGUCAGAUCAUAGACGAUCUGGACAAGAAUCGGGACGGCAAAGUGGACUUUGAAGAGUUUGUUUCAGUGGCCACGAAGCUCAUCAUGUGCUGCCACCCCUACUUCGAGGAGGAGAACCUCAUGUGUGGUUACAGAUAAAAGUCUCUCAUCUCUCUGUCUCAUCUGUUCUGAAUAUUAACCUCUCUGAUCUUUGUGAUCUGUGGAACGGAUUUUGUCAUUUGAUAAACUGAUCUGAAGAAUCAGUGAUUCAUUAAAAUGAUCCCUGAAA